AUGACUCGAAACGAAGCCCAGCAGGCUUCGUCAGAGCCUCCUGUUGUCGCGGUGAGCGAAGAUUCCGCGUCUGUCGCCUCAAUUCCCGCGCAGCAGAUCGCAUCUCCGGUUCCUGAAACGCCUACCAAAAUUGGUAAUGGAACGCAUACCAGACAGGUUUCUACUUCUUCUGUCGGCCAAAAUAACUUGAAGUCUACUAUCGGGCUUGCUAAGACUACAUUCGAGUCGAUCUUACGGGAAAAGGAUCUAAAAAAGCACUCGGAUGUUCAAAAAUCGAUCGAGAAAAGUAUCAAGAUACUAAAUGAUAGUUUAGCUGCCGCCAACAACGAGCCCAAAUUUAUGGAUUCGAUCCUGGUUUUUGACUCACUCAGGCUCUGUUGCAGAACAAAGUCCACUCACAUAGUACUCAAGGCUCUUGACUGUCUAUCCAAGUUAUUCUCCUUUCAAGCCUUAGACGACUUUAUUAUGGUUAACCCGCCCAAUUCUAUGGCCUCCAAUGAUCAAAGUAACACCCAAGCUACGGGCAUCACGCCACCUCCUAAGCAAAAACUAAUAGAUGCAGCCAUUGAUACCAUAACAGACUGUUUUGAUGGCGAAGGAACUGAUCCUCGCGUAGAGCUUCAAGUACUACGUGCUUUGGCUAGUUGUAUUUUAACAGACAAUUCGACCAAUGUAUGCCAUGGUCAACCAUUGUUGAAAGCGAUCCGGCAAAUUUACAACAUUUUCAUCUACUCUUUAAGCUCUUCAAACCAGGGAAUUGCUCAAGCCACGCUAACUCAGGUCGUCAAUUCUGUUUUCGACAAGCUCGGAAAUGGACUCACACUUGCGCCAACUCCAAACAGGUCGCUGUCAAAGACAAGUCUUCGUGUCUUACCCUCCGAGAAUUCGAGCACGCCACUGACGUUACAAAACCUCGAAAACUUGAACGACGAACAAGAACGUUUUGUAGAUGAACAGCAACAAGAGGAAAUUGACGAUGAAAAAACGUUGCUGGUUAAGGACGCCUUUUUGGUAUUCAGGGCGAUGACGAAAAUAUCUGCAAAGUCACUUGAAAACGACACCGACAUGAGAUCACAUUCUGUUAGAUCGAAGUUGUUAUCCCUGCAUAUUAUUCACUCCAUUAUCAAAGAUCACAUUGACAUUUUCUUGUCUCAAGACUUGAUAUUGCCGGGCAAGGAUCAUAACUCAUUGGUGAACUCAAUAAGACAAUAUCUGUGUCUACUACUAUCACGCAACGCCGCGUCUCCUAUUUCCCCUGUUUUUGAGAUUACUUUAGAGAUAAUGUGGCUGAUGAUUUCUAAUUUAAGGUCUGAGUUCAAAAGAGAGAUUCCAGUUUUUUUAACCGAGAUUUACUUUCCGAUCUCUGAUUUGAAGUCAUCCACACCACAUCAAAAGAGAUAUUUCCUCAGUGUGAUUCAAAGACUAUGUAACGACCCAAGGACUUUGAUCGAGUUCUACCUAAAUUACGACUGCGAUGCACAUCUCCCCAAUGUUGUUGAAAUAAUCGUUGAUUACCUUACACGGAUGGCAUUGACUAGAAUUGAAAUAACUCCAUCACAAAGAGCUUAUUACGAUGAUCAGCGUACAAAACCUCUGGCAACCUAUAACCUGGCCCAGCUGCCUUUACUCUCGAUAUCAAAUCUCUCGUCGUCCAAUUCUUCCGACAAUCUUAACUUUCCGGUAGAGUUUGCUCUCAAAAUGACAUCGCUUAACUGUAUGGUCGCGGUGCUGAGGUCUCUAAGUUCUUGGGCUCACAAGGCUUUGAAUGCAAGUAGUCCCACUUCUGACUACUCACAAGCGAGAACGAGAUCUGCAUCGACAGUUGCUGGAACUAAUGGGAAAAAGCCCUUGUCAACUCAUAGCUCAUCAGUUGACGUCGAGAGUGAGGGCAAAGAAGCAUCCCAAUUAGAAUCGCUCGAUCAGACACAGAUAGAAAGUGGGCUCGAAUUAGAUGAUCCUGCUCAAUUUGAAAACUUGAAACUGCGGAAGACUGAAUUGCAAGACUGCAUAAACAUCUUUAAUUAUAAACCUAAGCGGGGAAUUAAGGAGUUGCUCGGUAGAAGAUUUAUAACCCACGACAGCCCUCGCUCAAUUGCCAAGUGGCUGUUAGAAACUGAAGGAUUGGAUCUAGCUGCUGUGGGUGACUUCUUAGGCGAGGGAGAUGAAAAGAAUAUUGCCAUCAUGCAUGCGUUUGUCGAUGAAUUCGACUUCAACAAAAAAUCCCUCGUAGACGCAUUGAGAGUUUUCUUACAGAAAUUUAGAUUGCCAGGAGAGGGACAGAAAAUUGAUCGUUUUAUGCUUAAGUUUGCCGAACGGUAUGUGGAGCAAAAUCCAGGCAGGUUCGCAAAAGCUGACACAGCAUACGUCUUAUCCUACUCAAUUAUCAUGUUAAACACAGAUUUGCAUUCAUCUCAGAUCAAAAACAAAAUGACUUUGCAGGAGUUCAUAGAGAAUAAUGCUGGCAUUGAUAACGGCAAUGAUCUCCCUGAAGAGUACAUGGUUACGCUUUUUAAUGAAAUCGCAGAAAAUGAAAUUAAGUUGCAAUCUGAACAACAUCAAGCCAUGCUCUCGGGCGAUGUUAACACAACCCAACAGCAGCCAUCUGCAUUUAGCUUCUUCAGCAGUCGUGAUCUAAACAGAGAAGCCUAUAUGCAGGUUUCAAAAGAGAUAUCAUCUAAAACCGAAUUAGUGUUCAAAAGCCUUCCUAAGCACAAAGGUAAGGAGAGUAAUGUAUACCACGCUGCUUCUCAUAUUGAACACGUAAAGUCUGUUUUCGACACACUUUGGAUGUCUUUCUUAGCCGCAUUGACGCCACCAUUCAAAGAAUAUGACGAUUCUGCUACAACUGAUAUGUGUUUAGAGGGUAUCAAAAUUUCUAUCAAGAUAUCUGCCACAUUUGGCAACGACUAUGCAAGAACAUCAUUCGUUGGAGCGCUAGUUCAAUUUGCAAACUUACAGAACAUUCAAGAAAUUAAAAUAAAAAACGUGAAUGCAACUGUUGUUCUUUUAGAGCUAGCUUUAACAGAAGGAAACUUUCUCAAAAAUUCUUGGAAAGACAUUUUGCUCCUCGUAUCACAAGUUGAAAGAUUGCAGCUCAUAUCUAAAGGUGUUGACAGACAGACUUUGCCCGAUGUGUCUCAAGCAAGAUUGGCAAAUAGUCGGAGUUCUUUCGAUUCUUCGAGGUCAGCAUCAAUGGGUUUUUUUGAAAGAUGGACUAAGAAAUCGACGCCCAUAGAACUCGCGCAAGAGAAACAUCACAAUCAAAUUCUACCUCCGGAGAUUUCCAGACAUAUGUCGUCAAGCCAUAUUGUUUUACUCAUCGAUCGCAUUUUCACUAAUAGCUCAAAUUUAACUGGAUCUGCUAUUGUCGAUUUCAUCAAAGCUCUCACAGAAGUCUCUUUCGAGGAAAUUGAUUCGUCUCAUAACGCUGCAAGUCCGCGGAUGUUUUCGUUGCAAAAAAUGGUUGAUGUCUGCUAUUACAAUAUGGAUCGUAUCAGAGUUGAAUGGACCCCAAUUUGGGCUGUAAUGGGAGAAGCGUUCAACAAAAUCUGUACGAACCCCAACCUAGCCGUGAUAUUUUUUGCCAUUGAUUCGCUCCGUCAACUUUCAAUGAGAUUCCUUGACAUUGAGGAGUUAUCAGGUUUUGAAUUUCAGCACGACUUUCUUAAGCCCUUUAAGUAUGCGACAUAUCACGCGACAGACUCCGAAGUACAAGAAAUGUGUGUUGAAUGCUUCAAGAAUUUCAUUCUAACCAAGUCAUCCAAAAUCAAAUCGGGGUGGAAGCCCAUUUUGGAGUCUCUUCAAUUUACUGCAAAAUCCUCUCACGAAUCUAUCGUGGCCAAGACUUAUCAACUAGUUGCGAAUGACAUUGUAAAGAAUCAUUUUGCCAGCGUUUUCGCACAGGACAAUUCAUUUAUCGAUCUGGUGGGUGUUUUAAAGGAAAUAACGAAAAACCAGAAGUUUCAGAAGAUCUCUUUGCACUCGUUGGAGGUUUUAAAAAAGAUCUCCGAGAAAGUUGCUGAGAUUUGCUUUAAGAAAGAGGAUGCUGCUGUUCUGCUCCACGGCAAGGACUUGUUUCAGGAUGUCUGGUUUCCUGUGUUGUUUUGCUUUAAUGAUACAAUCAUGACUGCUGAUGACUUAGAAGUAAGGUCGAGAGCUUUAAACUACAUGUUCGAUGCACUGGUUGCCUAUGGGGGUGAGUUUGAUGACACCUUCUGGACAAGCAUAUGUACCAAAUUGUUAUUUCCUAUCUUCGGUGUGCUUUCUAAGCAUUGGGAGGUUAACCAGUUCAACAGUCAUGACGAUUUAUCGGUUUGGCUAUCCACAACUCUCAUUCAGGCUUUAAGAAAUAUGGUUGCACUUUUUACUCAUUAUUUCGAUUGUUUGAGCGACAUGUUAGAUGGGUUUUUGGGACUGCUGGUCUCCUGCAUUUGUCAGGAAAACGAUACGAUAGCUAGAAUUGGCAGAUCUUGUUUGCAACAUCUAAUCGUUCAGAAUGUUAGCAAGUUCAACGAUGUACACUGGAGUCAAAUUACUGCAGCGUUUGGACGACUUUUCGAACUGACUACCGCCAGCGAGUUAUUUGACAUGGAUCCGUUACACCAAGGAAGAAGGCCAUCGGAAACCAAGGAUCACAGUGAGCGCUCGAUAUCUGUUGACGAAGAAGUUGCCAGAGCUCAUCAAGAGGAGGAUGGGGAAGACGUAGGAAAUGCCGAUACCGAUGUGGAAAAGCCCUCAAAAAGGUUGGUGAACACUAAAAGUAGUGACAACUUACAGCGCACGAUAUCAACGAAGAAUGCGAUUGUUGUAAAGUGCGUUCUACAGCUGCUGAUGAUAGAAUCCCUUAGCGAGCUCUUUGAGGAUGAUGGAUUUUCAAAUAACAUACCUUACAAAGACGCAGUAAAAAUUACAAACAUGCUGGAAAAAACAUACGAAUUUGCCCGAGACUUCAAUGAUGACUUCGGCUUAAGAUCGCGUUUACUUAGCGCCCGUUUGGUUGAUAAGAUUCCUAAUUUGCUGAAACAAGAGACCAGCGCUUCAGCAGUGCUCAUCAACAUCAUGUUCAAACUAUUUUUAAACAGCGAGAAAGAAUCGCCUAACGAGAAGAAGAAGCUCUCUAAACGACUAAUUUCGGUGUCGAUCCUUAUUGUUCAGAAGUACGUGAAGCUCGACGAUAGAACUAUGGAGCGCAACAUUGCAUCUUGGCGUCCUGUUGUUGUUGAAAUUCUCCAAGGCUACUACGAAUUCGAUGACAAGGAUUUCAAAGAAAAUUGCCCUGUCAUGUAUGAUCUUGCCAUGCAAAUCUUGGACAAAAGCAUGCCGGCCGAUCUGAGACUUGCAAUCAAAGAAUUUUUGACCAGAGUAGGUGAACUGUAUUUGCAGUGA